GCUUCAUUGGACGUAGAGUUGGACUCCACUGUUGGAGCUCUCGCGGGGCGAGCGCAGCUUGCACUGGCGGUUGGUCGCGGUCGACUUCUCAACUCCUCUGGCAGGAUUCUGGACGAGGCAGCGCUCAUCAAAACGGUCAUCUUGCAACAGGGGGACUUCCUGACUCUGCAGUUGGGCACGGUACAGGUACAUGGUGCUCCGGCAGUGUUUGCAGCCAUCCUGGGCGAUGGGUCUCUUGUCACAUGGGGUGACAGCCGAUUCGGUGGUGACAGUGAUGCGGUACAGGAUCAGCUGAAGUGCGUGCAGCAGGUUCAAUCCAACAUGUACGCUUUCGCUGCCAUCCUGGACGAUGGAUCUGUUGUCACUUGGGGUGACGAAGACUGUGGUGGCGACAGUGCUGUUGUGCAGAAGCAGCUAAAG